CAUACAGGUCAGUCCCUAAAAAAAGGGAAAUGUACGAGUAAUCACGCUAUGGCAUGUAGGUGAUCACGCCAGAUGCAACACACAUUCCACAGUAGAGGAAUAGCAAAUUACGUCGUGUAAUCAAGAUGACAGACCACGGCUAUAAAAGCGAAGGUGGAAGUGGGAAGUUUGUCGCAGCCAUGUCCUGUCCGUUUCUACGCGAGCCACCCAUUGCGGAAGGUGCAAGAGUGAUAAGGAGAGUGUUCAGAAUCCAACGUAUAUUGCGGGAUAGACAGGAUCCUUUAGCACAGCGCGACAGUGUGCUCAUAGAGAGAUACCGAUUUUCCCGUGAGGGUAUCAUCUACCUAACCAACUUGCUGGAUCCCCAUGUUAAGAGUACCACCCACCGUAGUCGGGCAUUAACAACUGCACAAACUGUGUGCAUUGCCUUGCGCUACUUUGCGAGUGGCACGUUCCUGUACACUUGUGGAGACGCAGAGAACGUUGGGAAAAGUGCCGUCUGCCGGGCCAUUCGCAAAGUGUACCUGGCACUCAAGCAUUUCCUGGGUGUGUUUGUGGUUUUUCCAAGCCACUUAAGACCACAGGUCGUCAAACAGGGCUUUUUCGCCAUUGCAGGUACAGUAAAUUGGAUAGUGAAUGUGAUGCAAUCAUGACCUAUGUCGGUAACUGUAGCUCCAACGUCCGCAGGCUUCCCGAAUGUGAUUGGCACCAUAGACUGCACACACAUUGCGAUCAAGGCCCCCCCAGGCCCCACUGAAGGGGACUUUGUCAACCGAAAGGGGGGCCACAGUAUAAAUGUGCAGAUGGUGUGUGACUCGAUGUGCCAUAUCACAAAUGUGGAAGCAAAAUGGCCCGGAUCAGUGCAUGACUCACGGAUCUUCAGAGAGUCAGGGUUAUGCACAUCAUUUGAGCGUGGGGCCUACGAUGGGAUCCUCCUCGGAGAUAGAGGUUAUGCAUGCAGGCAGUACUUCAUGACACCGUUCCCUGACCCCAACCCUGGGCCACAAACCCGCUACAAUGCAGCCCUAGCCAGGACAAGGGCACGCAUUGAAAUGACCUUUGGGCAACUGAAGGAACGAUUCCAGUGUCUAAAACGCCUGAGGGUUGCACCUGACAGGGCAUGUGACAUUAUUGUUGCAUGUGCCGUACUGCACAACAUUGCCACCAUCAGAAGAGAGAGGACCCCCGUGGUGGAGGUGCAGCCUGAUGAUGACCUCCAGCCAGUGCACCUGGACCAACCUAGUGGCAGAGCUGCACGGGACAGGAUUGUGCAACACAAUUUCGCAUAAUAAAAACAUGACAUGACACAUUUUCUAUUGACGUUUAUUUGAGCAUCGUUGUCUGUCCCACCACACACAGGCCAGUCAUCAGUUGCCUGGGAAAACAGAGCAUGUAUACUGCGUCACGCAGGGUCAGCAAUAGUGCUCCGUAUGAACAUGUAUUCCUACUUACUCUGGAGUUCCUUUUGAAGCACCUCGAUUUCCAAUUGUAGUUUAUGCCUCAUUAGGGCUUGUAGUUCGAUCUCACCUAGGAGCUUUUGUUUCUUCAGCUCAGUAUACUCCAUUUUUUGCUGGAGACUUCUCUUGUAGAGCAGACGUAUGUCACCCUGUGUCAAUUGUGGUGACAACAUUUAACGGGGAAUACAUGUCAUAUAGGCAGUAUAAUUGAUCACAACACUGCCCACCUCUGCAUCAGCAGGCCUCUCUGCCGGCCUCUUGGCCUGCAAAUCAUACUGCAGUCAGACACACAUGGCAGUACACAAGUAGAUGGUAUUUCAGGCCAAUUCAUGCAUGUACUCACAGGGUCUUCCGCCACACCACAGCCAUCUGACAGGGUUGCGUCACUGUCCUGUGCAAUGGUAACACAAUGGUGUUACUAAGGGGUGUGGUACAGCCUAUAGGUCUGUACAAUUGGGUGGGGACAGAUAUAUGUAUAUCUCCCAACUUACUGUGCAUGUUCCAGUCACCCCUUCCAUGGGAACAGGUAAAAGUGAUGGUGUGUCAUGUAACACUACACACAGAGAAAACCCACAGUGCCAAUGAAUGAAUGUCACAGUUCGAAUAGC